AUGUUUCACCUAGCUCGCCAAAAACUUACUGAUGAGAACCAUUAUAAAAUUGAAAAGACACGAAGAAAGCAAAUUCCCGAACCUCUUCAUUUUAACAGAGAAAGGAAUUUGCCGAUCGCCACUAUAUUUGGCAAGAGAGGGUUUUUCGUAUUCCCAAGCGUACAAUCUUAUGACAUGUUCAAACGGACAAACUUCAAUCUCAGUGUUCUUGAUGCGGAUGGUGUAGGCGUUCCGCUAUUUCACAUUGUACAAAAUUACAACAUUAUAGGUCAAAUCGUGGGGAAGUCACCAAAUUUUACUAUUUUCAAGUACGUUUUACAAAGAGCGCAAGACCCACCUUUGUAUACCAAAAGUAAGGUUAUUUGCGAAGAUAAGGCCUUUCGUUUAUGCAAGAUACCAUUUUGUGAGAUCUACUCUCAAUUAAGUUUCCGAGAUACUAAGUACGAAUUUUUCUAUCCCUCCAGAAGUCAGUCUGUUAACAACUACCAAAUGGUUAGGCAAAAUAAUUUUCGUGAUUUGGAUGUUUGUUUGAAUGGUAUGAAUUUUUGUUGGCAUGUGAAAGUUCUAAGUGAUCAUUACCGAUUGAUGUAUCUAGACGAAAACACCCCCAGCGAUAGUCAAACAAAUAAACAAAAACAAACUCAAAGAAAAAUCGUUUCUCCUGAUUUUGUAGUUGGUCACUACAAAAGAGAUUUUUCCAAUAUUCUCCCCAGGUCUGUAGCAAAAUCCUCCAAUCUUAUUAUUGGAGAGAAUUCAAGAGCUGACUGCCUUGGUAUUAGUUCCGUUCCAGAAUUGACAGAGAUGCUUGCCUGCCAGGGGGCUCUAGUUGAAUACUUAGAACACAUAAGAAGGCGUAAAGAUGACAAAAAUAAUCUUAGAAUGUGA